AUGAGUUUUUUACGGAAAAGAAAGAAUCACGAUUUGGACGAUGAUGAAUCCGAUGAUAUGAUUAGUGGGAAUGGUAAUGCAGCAUCGAACAGAACUAAAUCGAGGAAACCCCCAAAUACUGCUUUCAGACAACAGAGAUUGAAAGCAUGGCAACCAAUUUUGACUCCCAAGACUGUGAUUCCACUUUUUUUCAUAUUAGCAUGUAUAUUUGCUCCAUUAGGUAUUGCUAUAAUACAUAGUACUUAUAAUGUUCAAACGUUACAAGUUGAUUAUUCCAAAUGUGGAUCAUUAAAAUCUAAAAACUAUGAGUCAAUUCCAUCUAAAUAUACUAGUUUCCAUUUUAAAAAUAAAAACACUAAUCCAGAUUAUAAAUGGAGAGUUGUGAAUGGUACCGAUGAUUUUGAUGAUUUGAAACAAACUUGUCAAAUUCAAUUCACAUUACCGGUUGAUUUAAAACCGCCAAUUUAUUUAUAUUAUAAACUUAAUAAUUUUUUCCAAAAUCAUCGUAAAUACGUUUCUUCUUAUGAUUUAGAACAAUUAAAAGGUAUUGCAGUGACUAAAGCUGAUUUGGAAAAUGAUUGUUCUCCGGUGAAAGAACGCGAUGAUAAAAUCAUUUACCCUUGUGGAUUAAUUGCUAAUUCUUUUUUCAAUGAUACUUUUGAAAGUCCCGUUCUUUUAAAUGCUAAAUCUGGAAGUAAUAAUGAAACCUACGAAUUAUCCGAAAAGGGCAUUUCUUGGGGGUCUGACCUCAAACACAAAUAUAAAAAGACAAACUAUAAAGCAAGUGAUAUUGUUCCUCCUCCUAAUUGGUAUAAAAUGUUUCCGGAUGGUUAUAAUGAUUCAAAUCUUCCAGAUUUACAUAAGUGGGAACAUUUACAAAAUUGGAUGAGAACUGCUGGUUUGCCUACCUUCUACAAGCUUUAUGGUAAAAAUACUACUUCAACAAUGUCCUCAGGAACUUAUGAAAUAUCGAUAGGGAUGAAUUACCCUGUUUCCAUCUUUGGUGGCACUAAAACUUUGGUUAUCACCACUAAUUCGGUCUUUGGAGGCCGUAAUCUCAGUUUGGGUGUCAUCUACAUCAUUGUAGCCAUUGUGUCUUUGGUCUUGGGUGUUGCCUUCUUAUUACAGCACUUGAUAAAACCAAGAAGAAUCGGUGAUCAUAAUUAUUUACAGGGUUCUGCUGUUGAUUCUGGUUUCCGUGAUGGACCUAGGCAAGCAAAUGACCCUAUAAGUACUUUCAGAGAUCAAUUAUGA